AUGACGGAAAGCUCCGCGACCAAGCUGCUGAACGGAGACGUCUGCCGGCGGACCUCGAACGGAAAAAACGCCAGUAAAAAUGGCUACGUGAAAAACCACAGCUUGUUUAAACAGCCACACAAGUAUCAGCGCCCCAGGGAUAAGAACCAAAAUCUCCAACAUAAUUCCAGCUUGUACAAGAAGCCCUUCUUGGAAUCCUUUGAGGAGACUCCCCUGCUGGUCGCUGUGCUCACCUACAUGGGCUACGGCAUUCUCACCAUCUUCGGCUACCUCAGAGACUUCCUCCGCCACUGGAGCAUCGAGAAGUGCCACGUGGCCAGCGAGAGAGAGGAGCAAAAGGAUUUUGUUCCUCUCUAUCAGGAUUUUGAGAACUUUUACACAAGGAACUUGUACAUGAGGAUCCGAGACAACUGGAACCGGCCAAUCUGCAGUGUCCCAGGCGCCAAGAUGGAUUUGGUGGAGAGAGUGACUCACAACUACAACUGGACAUUCGAGCACACAGGUAAAGUGGUGAAGAACGUUAUCAACAUGGGCUCGUACAACUACCUGGGCUUUGCCGAGAACACCGGGACCUGCGCCGACGCUGCCAUCCAAACCACGCAGGUCUACGGAGCUGGAGUGGGAAGCACCCGCUGCGAGAUGGGGAACCUGGACAUCCAUGAGGAUUUGGAGCAGCUGGUGGCCAGAUUUCUGGGGGUCGAGUCGUCCAUGGUCUUCGGCAUGGGCUUUGCGACAAACUCCAUGAACAUUCCUGCUCUCACUGGAAAGGGCUGCCUCAUCCUGAGCGACGAGCUGAAUCAUGCGUCACUGGUGCUGGGUGCUCGGCUGUCGGGGUCCACAAUUCGAGUCUUCAAGCACAAUAACAUGCAGAGCCUUGAGAAGCUGCUGAGAGAUGCCAUAGUUCACGGGCAGCCCAGAACUCACAGACCCUGGAAGAAAAUCCUCAUCGUGGUGGAGGGCAUCUACAGUAUGGAGGGGUCCAUUGUGCGACUACCUGAGGUGAUAGCUCUGAAGAAGCGCUACAAAGCCUACCUGUACUUGGAUGAAGCUCAUAGUAUCGGCGCUCUGGGGUGCAAUGGCAAAGGCGUGGUGGAUUACUUUGGCCUGGAUCCCAAAGACGUCGACAUCAUGAUGGGAACGUUCACCAAGAGCUUCGGGGCUGCAGGCGGAUACAUCGGGGGCAAGAAGGAGCUGAUCGACUACCUCCGCCGCCACUCUCACAGUGCCCUGUACGCCACCUCCAUGUCCCCCCCCGUGGUUCAGCAGAUAAUCACCUCCAUGAAGAUCAUCAUGGGAGAGGAUGGGACCUCGUUGGGUGCCGACCGCCUCAGGCAGCUCUCGGAGAACACCACUUAUUUCCGGAGGAAACUCCAAGACAUGGGCUUCAUCAUUUACGGCAACGACGACUCCCCGGUCGUACCCAUGAUGCUCUACAUGCCCGCCAAGAUCGGGGCCUUCGGCAGAGAGAUGCUGAAGAGGAACAUCGGCACAGUGGUCGUCGGCUUCCCGGCGACGCCCAUCAUCGAGUCCAGAGCGCGCUUCUGCGUCUCCGCCGCUCACACCAGAGAGAUGCUGGACACGGCACUGGAGGCCAUAAGCGAGGUGGGCGACCUGCUGCAGCUGAAGUACUCCAGACGCCAGCAGCCGCUGCCCUCGCCGGGCUGGACGUCGGAGGAAAGCCUCCUCCAGGACUGA